UUCAGUAAGCUGUCUCUAGUCACUAAUAGAGACUUUUCGUGGUGAAAAUCGAUUUUGAGACUAAUUGGUAUUCAGUAAGCUGUCUCACAUCUCUAGGCUAAAAAAAAAGUCACUAAUUUGUCAGCUGGUUUUCAAGAGGUCACAAAACGAAAAUAUACAAUCAAACAAAGGAAAAUUAUGGAGGAAGAGAUAAUUGCUUUCUAUUUUAUCCUAAAAAAACGUGAAAAUGAAGCGAGGAAUGUCCGCAGGCGAAUUCUGGCAAGCUUGCGUGAUACGGAGGAUCCAUUUUUGCUGCAGGAGGAGAUUUUCAGCAGAUUUCUUAGAUUUCCGAAGUCGUUGUGCUGGGACCUUAUCCAAGAAUUAAAACCGCACGACAACUACACUCGGAAAUCUAGAAUUCCGUUGGAGCUUCGAUUUAUUUCAGUACUAUAUUUCCUGUCGAAUGGCUCCUACCAAAGCUGCAUAGGAAAUAGCCACUUUGCCGCAAUGAGUCCACCAAGCGUCUCGCGAAACAUUAAACAGAUAUGCAGGAUGGUUGUUGAACAUAAACAUUGCGUAUCGGCCCUUUAA